CUUCACACCGCCUCUUAGAACGAUUUCGUACCAGAACAGAUCAGUUUAGACCACUUAUGCCAGUUACGCUAACCCAUCCAAACGAACAAAAUUGGAACUAAGCCGACAGCAAAUUCUUUUUCGUUCUUCAACAAAUCAACUGGAUCAAGAUGCCAUUCCAAAGAUACGUUGAGACAGGCCGCAUUGCCAAAUGUACAUCAGGAAAACUCCGAGGCAAGAUCGUCAGCAUCGUCGAUUGUAUCGAUCAAACCCGGGUGCUCGUUGAUGGACCACAGAGCGGAGUUCCUCGACAAGCUUAUCGGCUAAACAAUUUACAAUUGACGAAAUUCAAAUUGAACUUCCCAUACCAUGCACCAACUAGAGUGGUUCGCAAACAAUGGGCUGGUGCCGAUUUGACCAAGAAAUGGGAAGAAAGUGCCUGGGCACAAAAGUCCAAGAAUGUGAAGAAACGCACAGCUUUGAACGAUUUCGACCGUUUCAAAUUGAGAUUCGCCAAGAAGCAACGGAACAAAUUGCUUACCGUUGCAUACAACACCUUGAAGAAGAGGACAAAGGCCGAUGGUUCCGUCAGAGUACUGAAGAAAGACCGUAAACUUCGCAUUCAAGAGUUGAAAAAAGCUGGAAAGAAAGCUGGCGCCAAGAAGUAAAUUGUGAAGAACUUUGGAUUUCUUGUGGAAAAUAAAACAUUUUAAGAAAAUCAAA